ACCCUCUGCGUAUCUGCCUUUAGUUAGUGCGAAAGAGGAGUCGUGCCAUGCUAUGCCCACCUUCGUUCCAAGUGCUUGAUAGCAUCUCCUCUAAAUAAGGUAUCCACGCUCGGACCGUGGCUUCAGUUCGUGUCCCACUGCUACAUAGGCCAAGUUUACAAGUUCCACAACAUUGGAUGGAUACUGGAGGGUGAAAGGGAACCAGGGGUUCGAAUGAAGGGUCCCAGCCAGCCUUCCUUUCAAUAGGGCCUGGUCUAUAGUGCGUAUUCUCAUGCAGGGCAUAAUAAUAAUACGCACUGAGGAUUCUACCAGGCACACGGUCCGUCGGUCGACCGGCCGUCACUUGCAAUGCAACCGUCAGACACGUGGCCACACGAGGACGGACAACAACCAACUUCCUCUUCGUCCAAACUGACCUUACCUCAGUCCGAAAAGAGAAUUUCCUAAAUUUGAGCUGAAAUUGUUCAAAUUUUGUAAGUUUUGUGAAACACGAUACUAAUGGAAGCCGGGUUAAAACCGUGAAACUGUGAAAAACCAUAAAAGAGGCGUUUUGAGACUCUGAUAAAGUGAGCUUGUUGUGAGAUUCGUGAAACUAGUAAAACAACUUGACAAAAUUUUCAUGGAUUUGAAUAAUUGAAAACAAUUCAGUGCACUUUUGUACAAGCAUCCACUAAUUAUUCAAACAGUAUUACAUUUACUGAGCCAAGUAACACGUGUGAACUGAUGAAAACAGAUUAGAUGUUAUAUUACGUGUUAUAAAAUCAGAUCUAGAUCUAGAUUAAUGACAGUUUUAUAGCAAAAUUAUCCUUGUGCAAACACAAAAGAAUUAAGAAACACAAGUUGACAAACUACUCUCUCAGCAAGAGUUUUGCCAACCACCAAGUUACGAUAAGCGAUAGAUUGAGGCAACAGGUUUGGAUCGAUCGUGGGAAAGAGAAGAUUUAGCCUACUUUUACUCCAAUAAUCCAAGACUGCCCCAGCACGCUAACUCAAUCUCGUUGGAAUGACAAGCCAAAAUCUUGUUCACCACGGAAAGUGACACCACCCAAAUUUCCAUCUCAAUAAUUCUGCUCAAAAUAAAUCAAGUCUGCAUAGUCAGCAUCGAAAGUGAAGUGCGGACAGGCUGACUCGCAGGCCUCUCGCAUAUUAAAUUUUACGAAAUACUUUCUCCAUCAAGACCAAGCUUUCACCCGGUCUUCUUGAUGCAUCAUUCCGUGCCUUCCUUCCCGUCUCUGAAACUGGAAGCAUUUCCUUCAGCUCCCGGAAUCGCCUUUGUCGACUACAACUACAAUUACAACCACCUCAACAACAACACCUCCUCUACGCUCACCUCCCACACAAUCAGCAGCCCCAGCCCGUCGGCGAGCAGCAGCACGAUGGCCAAACGAGCCCUGAGCGACAGCGACUGUGAGGAUUUAUUUACAGACACAAAAGACAGUUGCAUCACACCACCGGGAUCGGACGCUGGAGGUGGUGGCGGUGGUCACAAUGUGAGUCGCAAGAAGCGUCGUGGGAUCAUCGAGAAGAGACGGCGUGAUAGAAUCAACAACAGUCUCAGCGAGUUGAGAAGGCUGGUUCCCACUGCCUUUGAGAAACAGGGCUCCUCGAAGCUGGAAAAAGCUGAGAUACUUCAGAUGACAGUCGACCAUUUGAAGAUGCUUCAUGCCAAAGGACUGGAUGCUUUGGCCUAUGACCCGCACAAGUUUGCAAUGGAUUAUCAUUCUAUCGGAUUUCGAGAGGCUGCUGCGGAGGUUGCUCGAUACUUGGUCGCUGUGGAAGGGAUGGACAUUCAGGACCCUUUGCGGCUACGACUGAUGUCACAUUUGCAAUGUUUUGCCGCCCAGCGGGAGUUGGCCAACAAACAGGCUUCUGCCUCCUCAUGGGGACUUAACCCCCUCACGCCAAAUCAUUCCUACCCCUUGACAACACCCACGCACCACCUCCCAUCGUCCGCCAACAAUUCUGCAAACUCUGGAGGGCUGCCGAUGGCCACGCCUCUACCACCAGGAUCUCAGCACCCUUCCUCGCUCAUCAUGGACGGGUCCUCUCCCUCCAACAAUAACAAUAACCAGCAAAACUAUCUCAACACUUCCUCCUCAUCCUCGGGCUCGUCCAGUAGUCCAGCCAUGGGUCACGAUGUCGGUAUAAACCAGGGACACCUUCAAAUGGGACAGAGGACCCUGUUCCCACCACCCCCAAACCACCACCAUCCUCCACACCACCACCUCAACGGCAGUCACAUUCCGAGGGAGUACAACCCCAAUGGCGGGCCCAUGACCAGCACCAGUCCGUACGGGAUGCCCAACCAUCCUCAGAACUAUCCUGGUCAGAGCGGCAAACCAUAUCGACCUUGGGGAGCCGAGCUGGCUUACUAAGUUCAUUUAUUUGUAACACUAAUGAUACAAAUUAAUCGUUAUAAUUAAUCGUUAUCAUCAAAUUAUUGUUACAAAACGUGUGCAUAAUAUUUAAGCAGUCAUUUGUUGUAAGUGAAAUGGUUCCAUAUACACAUUGCAAUAUUUAUUUAUCUAUUUAUUACUCGUACUUAUACAUAUUUCCAAGUAGAAUGUUUAUGUGAUCAGGAAGUUACGUCACGAGUUCAAGAUAUUCCUAUAAGAAUAUCCGACUUUGUGAAGGAGCUCGACUGGAAGCAGAGCGUUGAGCCGGGAAAGUGAGAUUUCUCUCAUCAAUGCAAAUUCUGCUCAGUCACAAUAAGGCGUCAGUAGUGAGAUCGUGAGAAAGAUUUAUUGUUCUCUUCUAUGUAAACUAGGUCGUUUUCUUUACAUGCAACGCAAAACGCAUGCAUAAACCAACAAGAUAUCGAUGCACAUCUAUCUACCUGCUGCACAACAUUACACACAAGCAACAAAAGUAGUAAACUCUGGAAACUCUUAUUAUUCUCGCCGAAAUGCUUACAACAUGCACUUUAACGGAUUAGAAAUAGCACAAUGGGAAAUCCCAUCUCAAGUUUGUCUUCCAACUCCUUGUUCAACUUUGAGUGCGUAUUCACUUGAAAGAGACCCCGGAAGUGAAAGUGAGCAGACUGGUCAAAGCACUGGAGAGAGAAUAUGUAUGGAUGGAUAGGAGAAUGUGGUUGCAGGAGAUAAAUAUCCUCAAAUAGAGGAUCUCUCUCAAGAGGAGAGAGAAAGAGGGAGGUAGGAAAAUAGAUGUGUUUUCCCCGCUUUUGCACUCUCUGGACUUCUUUAUUCCUGCUAUUCUUAGAGUUCACGAAUUGGAGAGGAAGAGCUUUAUGAGGAUUCUUUUACAAUGAGCACUAUUCACAUUCCACUUAUUUCACUUUCCACCAUUGUAUCCAAGACGGGUUCGAUUACCUGCGGAGCUGAUGACAGCGACUUCCUAUUUUUCCCCACUUGAGAGCAAUCUCAUUUCACCCGUCGGAUCUUUUGAUCGUCAUCAUAAGAGUGAUUGAUAAGGAGCAUUUAAAUCCUCGAGCCUGCAAAGAUGAAUGGAUUACGUGUGUUUCAGUGGAUUGUCCCACUUUCUCCAGUUUAUAUAUAGAUACAUAUCUUUCUCAGUUCCGGUGAACGUGCACAAAGACAUAAUUAAUUAGUUUUGUGGCAUGUCAGGUUAGCCUUUGAGGUGAAAGCAUAAUAAAUUAUUGCACAAAACAGCCACAUCUGGAGACUUAUAAGUAGCUGUUCCCACAUUGCGAAAGAGGAGUCGGCGGAACAACAAUUGUUUAUUAUUUCACAACAAUAGAUAUGAACGGCCAAUAACUUUUGGGUAAACUUUCUGGAGUAGAACUACAUUUGGUGGAUUUCCUCUAAUAGAAAUAGUUCAGUCUACAAACUAAUAAAAGGAAACUCUUCGUCUGCGACUUCCUUCUUCCGUGCCCUAUAUAUUUCCUUGAAAAAAUAAAUGGAACACGCCUUUGUCUACUCUUCCAUUCGAAUUCCAAGAGAUUGUAAACGCUACGGACUUGCAAGUAUUGCUCUACUUUGACUGACAAAGAUGAAAAUAAUUUUUCUACCUACUUUUUAUGUAAUAUAUGCUAGCGAGAUAGCCGGUAGUGAAAAAAACUUGCAAAGUAAAGUACUCUAGUCACAGCAAUGGUUGAUUGAAUGUUUGCUUGGUCAUAAAAGCAAACAUUUGACAAUUUCACGACAUACUUAAAACAUAUCUGUACCUUAUCAGGUCAAUAUUUUGAACGUAUUUACAUACAUACCGUACUACUAAAUAUAUAAUGCAUAUGCGCUAACUAAUUUAUUAUGACAAUAUUUAAAUAUGUAUCACAACGCAAUAUAUUCUACUUUUUCAAACAUGUUAAUAAUAUAGUAAUGAAAAUAUGCAAAAUAGAGUAUACUUAUAGUAAGAUAACGUUUAUCAAAUGUGAAAGUGAAAUAAUAUUAGAUUGCUUUAGGACAGAUCUCAAAAAUAUUGUAUUUUAGAAACGCGAUAAUAGCACAUGAAAUUAAAUCACACGAAUGAAAACUCUGA